AUGAAUGACGAUAGGCAAUGGUUCGUCUCUUUACAGCCAGAGUAUCAAGCGAUAGUUUUAUUGGAGCUGCUAGCAACAGCCGGCGGGCCCGUACUGUGGCAGGUUCUGAAGCGAGCGCAAAAGAUCUACGAUCGGUAUCGCGAACACGAGAUCGACAAUCUCAAGGAGUCCAUGGUUGUAGUCCAGACUCCCAGUGACUCAAAAACGAACGCGAAGACGACACAACCGGUCGAGCAAGUGAUUGCGACGAGAAUUAAGAACAAGGCGAAGUUGGAAAAG